AUUUGCGCAAGCGCAAGAACGCCAUUAUGGAAAGAGGCCACCAAUUUCGAGCUUCAAUUAGUUUAUUGUGCUAAAUGCGAGCUAGCAAAAUUUUCUUUUUUUUUUUUUAAUUAUGUUUGAAAAUGACGAUUGGAUUUUUGAAGAUACGUUUGACAUUGAUGAGAAAACAAUACAGUCCCAUUCUCGAUGUCAAAACGAAGAAGAAGAAGCAUCAUCUGUGAAACGGCGUAAAGUGGACAACUGCAAAGUUUUGUUUUUGCCGACGGAUAAUACUCUUAAUUCAAAUGUGAAUAUUGCAACAGAGGACAGCAAUUUCUCUCGUAACAAUAAAAGCAAUGUAUCACGAGGAGAUCUAUUACUAGGAAUCUUUCAAGAAAAUACUUCUCAAAAGAUAUUCAAUCUUGAAAAAGAGAUAAGUAAUCCAUUAAAUGAUAUACAAAAAGAAACGCAGGAUUUGUCAUUAUGUAAAACGAAUACGUUGCACUAUAAGAAGUCUAAAGAAAAGAAUCGUACUGAGUCUGUAAAUAAAAUAAAACUUGGUAAAGAAGUAAAGUUGAUUAGAAUAUUUCCUGGGCCAGCUGGCUUAGUACCAGAUGUUAAAAACGAUAAUAUUCCUGUUAUAUCAUAUCUAAAUAGAGUGAAAGAAUUAGAAAAUAAAACAGCAAUCAAACGUAUUGAGAUUAAGUCACAGGAUGAGAAAAAUUCAUUUGGAGAAAAAGCUUGGAAAUUUUUACUUGAUGAUGUGCCGGAUAAUUUUUUUGAGGAGUAUAGAAUUUCUAUUAUUAAGAAGAAGGCGAAUGCUAACCAUUGCAAUAGUAUGAAAGUGAAAUUUUUGGCAGGCGUAUUAGAUUAUAUAGAUCAUAGUCAUGAUGAUCCAUUUAUUAUAUUAAAAGACUCAACAGAUAGUAUAGAAGGCACCAUUCAUCGUGAUAUUCUAUUAAAAUAUCCUGGUAUAUUAGAGCCAAAUGUACUUAUUCUUUUACAUGACGUAGGUUUGUUAAAAACUACAACAUACGUAAUAACAAAUAAAUAUCAUAUUCUAGUAUCCCAAGUAAACUUACUAGCCAUAUAUUCCGAUAAAGGUCGUAUUGUAAGUGCAUCUCAUAUGGAAAAUAUUUUAUCAAAUAUUGAAUUAAAUAGAGAUUAUUCUAUGUCAGUUUCAAAGCGAUACAUUUCCAAAUUGCAAGGGAUAUAUGAAAAUUGUGAUAUGAUAUCGUCGCAAACUAAUUUUUCCAUUAAUAAUAAAUCAAUCAAGAAUUGCGAAUCUACAUUGAUAAACGAUCCGAUAUUACAUGAAUCGGAUAUUGAAAAUCGCAAAGAUGAAAUAUUUGAAAGACCUAACUAUUCGAAAAGUAUGAAUAAUUUAGAUAUGAAUAAUAUUUUCUUAACUAGUGACUGCGAAUUUAUAACUUUGAAGGAGCAGAAUUGCCUUAAUUCUGAUAGUAUUUCGCACAAUAACAAAAUCCCGCAAUGCGAAUUACAAGCGCGAAAUAUGAAUCAUUUGGAAAAUGCGAGAAAAGAAUCAAUAAUAAAUUCUCAAGAUAAAAUAAGAGAGGAAUAUUUAUCGCAAAGUUUGCAGAAAUGCGUCGCGGAUGUAACAAUUUUUAAUGCACAUUACUCGCAUGAAAGUUGUUUUUCAUCUUACGAUGGUAUAGCGCAACAAGCGCAUAAAAAUUCAAAUUUGAAUAUAAAAUCUACACUGCCGGGGAUAAAGCGUAACUCGGAUAAUUCGAGAAUCCUGGUAAGCUACUUUACUGAUGCUAACGAAUACGAUUCAGACGACGAGAUCUUGUCACAGUUGGAUGUAGAUAACGUCUGUAGUGAUUCUAAGAAAAAGUGCUGAAGGGAAAUGUAUUUCUAUGUAAAAAUACACAGCCCUUAUACUGUAUGUUACAGCAAUAUUACAAUUGAAAUUAGAUUGAUAUGAUAGAUGGGUACAAUUAGAUUUAAAUGAAUGCAACAUUAAUGUAACUAUUGUAUAAGAAACAUUUACGCGCGAUGCGUUACUAUAUAUUAUGUUAUAUGCAAUUGCAAAAUAAUUGAUUUGACUUUAUUGUUGAAUAUAUGUAUACUGUAAUAUGAAUAUACGAUAGAUUUUUUUUUUAUUCCUAAAUUAGAGAGUUAUUGUAGGUAAAGCUAUUUGUAAAAUCAUAUUUAUAAUCUUAUCUUUCACUUUGUAGAACAUUAUUUCAUUUGUCGUGUUGUAUAAUUAACGUACGAUUUAUUCGGUUGUACGCAAUAGUAAAAGAGGGGACGUCUCAAUACUAUGUAAUAUAAUUUUACAAAGUUAAAAUAGUACAAAGGAAAAAUAGAGACACACAACAUUGAGACAUACUGUAAUGUAAAUAUACGAUAAACGUUUAUAUUUUUAAGUGUUAAAGUUAUUGCAGAUAAAACACAUAUUUG